UUCGCUGGUUUUGAAACGUUGGGAAGUAAGAAAUCCUUGAUGGCAAGUUGGAUUACUCACUGGUUAGGUAUAAAAGGACCGUCUUAUAUUAUCGACACCGCCUGUAGUUCGAGUCUCUAUGCAAUGGAGCGCGCUUACAGAAUUCUCCGAUCUGGAGAGGCAGACGAUAUGAUCGUUGCUGGUUCACAACUCUGCUUGAAUCCCCUUGUGAACAUGCAGCUUAUGCGACUUGGUGUUUUAUCGCCCGAUGGAUAUUCCCGACCUUUUGAUAUUGACGCAAAUGGUUAUAUGCGCAGUGAAUCAAUGACAGUCGUAUAUUUGCAAAAAGCGAAAAACGCUAAAAGAAUUUACGCUACUCUAAUUCAU